AUGCCAGGUAAAGUGCGAGAUAUUGAUAAAUGUAGUAAAAUAAUGGAAGCAAUCGAUGAUAAUCGUAUCGAAAAUCUACGAAACAUACUUACUCAAUUGAAUCAUCGAGAUGUUGAAGAUUAUCUUCGACAGCCAGUUGAUUAUUCUCGACGAACACCAUUACAUUUUGCAGCAUGGGCAGAAAGUUCGGAAAUGCUCGAAACACUAAUGGAUUAUAUAAGCGAACCGGAUGUAGAAGAUAAAAAUGGCGCAACACCAAUGAUGUUUGUUGUUGGUUGUGGUAUUGAUUGUUUAGAAAAAAUGAAUUUAUUAAUUAAAAAGCAUGCAGACGUUAAUCGAAGAGAUAACUCAGGUUGGACAUUACUUCACGAUGCUGUUAAAUCAAAAAGACGAGAUAUUCUCGAAGUACUUUUAGCUAAUGGCGCUAAUAUACAUAUGCUCGAUGGUGAUAAUCGUUCAUUGCUACAUAUUGCAUGUGACAAUGGUGAUGCUGCACUUGCUAAAUAUCUUGUAGAAAAAAAUGUCAGUUUAAAAGGAAGAGACAAACAUGGUUGGACACCAUUACAUUUGGCAUGUGGGCCAGCUGAUGAUUAUGAACUUGUUCAUUACUUAAUACAACAUGGCGCUGAUCCAUAUGCUCGUGAUCCGAAUGAUUAUACUCCUCUUCAUGUAGCAACACAAUUUAGUGCGCAAAAAGUGGCCCAUUAUUUAAAAACACUGGACGAUUUAGAUACUGAUACUGAUAAUGAUGAUUUAUUCUCUGAUUUAGGUAUGUCAAAUGAUACAUAUGAAAGUGAUAGCGUAUUUGAAUCGGAACCACCGUCGAAUAGAGUAUCACAGAAAUCCAAUGUAUCAAUUCGAAUGGUUGAUUUAUCAUUGAAGAGAAAACAAGUUGUUAAACUUUAA